AUGCCUCGUUCGCUGGUGCCUUUCCUUGCGGCUGUCGCCCUGGUCUCAUCUUCUAUCGUGUCUGCUGCACCAUGGAGGAACCUUCGCACCUCUAAUGCGAACCCGUGGUCCGACUGGGAGUAUGAGAUAUGCACUCCAGAUAAGGCGAGAAUACGGGUCGACUUCAAUAGCAUGGCGCCAUGGGAGCGCAAAUUAUAUACCGACGCAGUCAAAUGCUUGAUGGCACAGCCGUCACAGCUUGAUCCAGCGCAGUAUCCCGCUGCUACCAGUCGCUACAUGGAUUAUGCCGUCAUUCAUGUUGGUAGAACACAAUAUGUUCACCUCGAUGCCUUCUUCUUGACUUGGCAUCGCUAUUUUCUCUGGCUAUACGAGACCGACCUUCGUCACACUUGCGGCUACAGCGGCAGAUUUCCCUACUGGGAUUUUGCAGCCACUUCUUCUGACCCUCACAGUUUUCCCAUCUUUGAUGGCUCUGAUUACUCCAUGUCCGGAGAUGGUCUCUACGUUGACAGCGGACCAAUUACUCUUGGGACUGAACUUGUGAUUCCACACGGCACCGGUGGUGGUUGCGUCACAACAGGGCCAUUCGCCAACAUGAUUGCCCCAUUGAAAUUUAUCGACCCGACUCAACUUACAACAGGUGUCCUACCGGCUGAUGCGUACGCAUACAAUCCUAUUUGUCUGAUGCGCGAUCUUAACGCACAUGUCUCACAAACCUACACCAACAGUGCACAACUGGUCGCUGCAGCACACGCCGACAAUGCCUCGCACUUCGAGCUUCUUCUUAAUGGGGUCAUCGGUAGUAGUAGCCUGGGAAUUCACUCAGGCGCACACUUCAGCAUCGGCGGCCAGAUGAACAGCAUCCAUGUUUCGGCACAAGAUCCAGUUUGGUAUCCAUUGCAUACAAUGAUCGACAAAGUGUAUACCAGCUGGCAGGCGAAUUACCCUGAUCGUGCACAACAACUUGAUGGCAGUACCGGUACCGCAUUGAACACUCCUCCAAGUGAGGUCGUCACUCUCGAAUCGAUCCUUCCUGAUUGGGGCUACUUCCAGCUUAACCCGACCCAAGUGAAAACGCUGCUGAGCACGACAGGCGGUCCAUUCUGCUAUCAAUACGACACUGUGAUCGCCUAA